AUGCCUACUCAACCUCCCACGACCACCGCUCAACUAAUAACGCUCGUCGUCGUCGAACUCCGCCUCCCGGCUCACCCUCACAACGACUGCGCCGUGCACGCCGCCGACGGCGUCACUGUCGCUGCCUUCACCUCAUGUCGCCUGCACGGGACCCGCCGCGGUUCAACCCUUCCUCCCCAGCACAGGCAUGCGACCGGUGUCGUGUACAGAUGCGAGAUCGAUCCGCAAGCCCAACACUGCAUCGAGUGCAUCGCGACCGAUGAGCUCUGCUCGUGGGACCUCCCUCCGCUAGGCGGGCUGCUGAACAAGCCUCCACGGCGGCCACCGGCCUUCACUGUUUCGGACUCGGAGACCUCGCGAGGGUCUUCUCUGGGCAUGUCGCGGCAAAGCUCCGUCACCAGCGUCGAGACCCCGCUCAAGUCGAGAGAACGAACAUUCGCAGUGCACCGGUCAGGACCUUCCUCGAUCCCCUACAUUAUCCAUUCGAUGCCGACCCUCCCGCUGAGCCGGACACUCUCCGAGUACUGCAUGGACAAGGGUUUCCGCAUGGUCCGGACAGAGGGCCUCGAUGGCUACAUCAGUGUGACGUCCGAGGUCGAUGCUCAGUCGCACCCGCCACCAAAAGGAGCGAGCAGCUGGAGCGAAGCCGUCGACGGUCUUGUCGCCGACUACAUCGAUCACAUCGGUGAGCUGCUUCCCAUCGUGACAGCGUCGGAGGCCGAGCAGGCCGGUCCUGUCUUGAGGCAUGCGAUGGCUGCUGUGGCUGCCACCCGUGGCGUCGUCUCACCUGCCCUCUUUGAAGCAAUGAGGGCAUCUCUCCCAUAUGAGCUCGAGCAGAACGACGUCCACUUCGUCCCGACAUUGGAAAAUGUGCAGACGCUGCUGGUGCUGUGUCUCGUCGACGAGCUCGCCGAUCGACCACGAGUAUCGCCAGUAUCGGUGCAGCGUGACCGGCUGUCUGCCGCGUACCGCCUCGCCUUGGAUCUCGGACUCGCACGAUCGCGGUUGGAACGCGAAGUGCGAGUAUGGAAGUGCCUGCAGGUCAUCGACACCUGGCGAGCAGCCAAGGACGGUGUCUCAAUGCUUCACUCCUUCCCCUCGAGUUCUGAUUCCAACUCUGGGGCCUCUUCGACCAUGUCGUCCUCGAUAAACUCUCCGACCAUCAGCCCUUCGAUGUCAUCGACGCCGCUGUCUGUGUCUGUGCUGACCAAGGCGUCGGUGGGACACGUGUACGGCAACACGUUCUUCGAGCGGCUGUACUCGCUGUCCAAGCUGCUUGCGAGGGUGCUCACGCUGAUCUAUGGACCGGACGGCGUCACGGAGACGGAUGCCCCGGCGAUGCGCAGGCUACAGCACGACCUGGCGGUGUGGCGGGACUCGCUGCCGAUAUCGCUCAAGUUUGACUACAACUCGGCCAAGUUCCAGACGGUACGAACACAACGGCGGGUGCAAGAGUCUGGACUGCUGCUCGUGUUCUACACGGGUGUGCGCUUCCUCUUCUUCCGGCCGCUGAUGCCGUGGUCGUUCCACCUGCCGAAAAAGUUCAAGCAGUUCGUCAGCAUCUCGACCGACGAAUGGGUCGACCUCAUGAAGCUGAGCCGGUACUCGGUCGAUUUUGUCGUCAAUCUCGAAGAGGCAUCCGAGCUCCUCUUCUUCUUUGGCGUGUACACGCUGAACCUGUCCUGUCUGGUGCUGUACCACACCUGGGCUCGCCGCGGCGAGUGGGAGGGCAGCAUCUACCUCGACAAGGCGCGGCGCUGCUACGACCGUCUAGUGCACGGCCCCGGCACGCACCUGCCGUUCCUCAAGCGGGACAUGAGCACGAUCGAGAUGUUGCUGGGUAUCACGGAACUCUCGCGCGACCAAUUCGGCGCCCACGGCGUGCGCGGCCUGAACCCGACGCCAGGCGUGCUCAACUCGCUCGCCGAGUCGACCGUGUCGGGCGUCAUGAUGCUGCGCGAGGGCGACGGCGAGGGGUUCAUCAUGGUCGCGACGCCCGAAGCGGCGCGCGACAUCCAGGAUCUGCCGCCGGGCACGAUCGUGCUGGGCGGUAUGAGCCCGUUGCCGGGCGAGUCGCCGCCGAUAUUUGGUGCAUAA